AUGAUCCUUGAAGCCGUGGCUUCUCAAGAUUUAUGGAUUUGGCACUCCUUUUUUGGACUACCGGGCUCGCUCAAUGACAUCAAUGUAUUGCUGCGAUCACCACUAUUCCAAAGGUUAAAAUCUGGAACUUCUCCUCCUGUUGAGUACUUUGUGAAUGGCAACAAAUACAAUAUGGGAUACUACCUAGCUGAUGGCAUUUAUCCUUCAUGGGCUACUUUUGUGAAGAGUUUUCGAAACCCACAAGGCAACAAAAAAAUUCACUUCACACAAGCACAAGAAUCUGUGAGGAAGGAUGUAGAGAGAGCAUUUGGAGUUCUUCAGUCUAGGUUUGCCAUGGUGAGAGGACCUUGUAGGAUGUGGGACAAGGAUACCAUUUGGUACAUCAUGACCGCCGCUGUUAUUUUGCACAACAUGAUCAUAGAAAAUGAGAAGGGGGCUGAGGAAGAGGAUUUUGACUAUGAUCAAGAUGGUGGUGAGGUUUCUGCAGCAUUGGUUGAAGUCCUCAUCAUGGAAAUGUACAUCGCCCAGCAUGGCGGCUGA